UGGGCCAAAAGGCCGGUACCGGGAGCGCGGCUCUGCCACCUUAGGGCCUCCCGAGUGUCCGCACGCCGGUGGCGCCCGCCGGCUGCCCGCGUGCCUCGGAGCGCGCGCCCGAGCCCGUCCCCGCCGCUGGGAGCGGCUUCGAUCGGCUGCACCCGGCUCGGGCAGACGCGUCCCGGAUCCCGGCGCGAGCGGGCUGGCAGCGGGGCGGGCGCGGUUCGGGCCGCAGGUCCCGGGCCCUCCGAGCCGCCCGCCUCUGCGCACUCUGCCGGAAAGUUCUUCGCGAGCUCUGGGGAGCGGCGCGAGGGCCGGGUAGGAAAUAGCAAAAUCUUUGUGGACUUGGGCUGAAUCAGGAGCCCAGAUGAGCUUAAAGAAACUGGUGCUCAGCCCUUAGUUUUUCGGCUCCAUGCUCCCCAGACCUCUCCGUGCCAGCUCCAGUGUCUCCCUGCCUGUGAAGACUAAGCCACAUUCUGUGAUGGGAAGGCAAAGGACUCGGUCACUGGCCUCAGUGUCAUCGAAAGUGAACUGACAAGGGAAGCAGCCAGUACAGCCAUGGAAAAGAAUUCAAGUUUAUGGAACAGCCUGGUGGUCGAACACCCACUCUGCACAACCUGGAAGCAAGAGGCCGAAGGGGCCAUUUACCACCUCGCCAGUAUCUUAUUUGUAGUCGGUUUUAUGGGUGGCAGUGGAUUCUUCGGGCUCCUUUAUGUCUUCAGCUUGCUGGGCCUGGGUUUCCUCUGUACUGCAGUCUGGGCAUGGGUAGACGUCUGUGCCGCUGACAUAUUUUCCUGGAAUUUUGUGCUGUUCGUCAUCUGCUUCAUGCAGUUUGUUCACAUUGCGUAUCAAGUUCACAGCAUAACCUUUGCCCGAGAAUUCCAGGUGCUGUACAGCUCCCUGUUCAAGCCCCUCGGGAUCCCUUUGCCCGUCUUCAGAAUCAUUGCUCUGAGCUCUGAAGUGGUCACUUUGGAAAAGGAGCACUGUUAUGCCAUGCAGGGGAAAACCUCCAUUGAUAGACUCUCCAUGCUUGUCUCAGGAAGGAUCAGAGUGACAGUUGAUGGCGAAUUUCUGCAUUAUAUUUCCCCCUUUCAGUUCCUGGAUUCUCCUGAGUGGGAUUCGCUACGACCCACAGAGGAAGGCAUUUUUCAGGUAACCCUCACAGCAGAAACUGAUUGUCGAUAUGUGUCUUGGAGGAGAAAAAAGUUAUACCUUCUGUUUGCUCAGCAUCGCUACAUCUCCCGCCUGUUUUCGGUUUUAAUUGGCAGUGACAUUGCAGACAAGCUCUAUGCCUUGAACGACAGGAUCUAUAUAGGGAAAAAACAUCACUAUGAUAUUCGGUUACCCAACUACUAUCAGAUGUCAAGUCCGAACUUGUCCAAAUCACCCCUAACAGAACAGUUUCAGAAUUCCAGACAGCACUGUAACAAAUGACAUCAAAACCUGAAGUUGGAUGAUUACUGAAAAAAAAAAAAAAAAAAAGACUUCAUCAUUCCCCGGACAAGUCAGCACACUAUUAUUUUUAUAACUUAAAUUCAGAGUCAAGAUGCCACUGCCAGCUGUUUGUUUCAUUUUAACUUCUGCAUUGCAAAUAAAAUUUACAAAUUUUCUUGUAUUCCUUGCUGUUAUAAUGGGCUAGGGAGAUGAAUAACGGUGGGCAGCUCGCCCCUUUUCCUGUAUCAGAACUGAGAGAAUGUCAUUUUGAAUUCUCUGAUAUUUUCUCAAACAUGCUGCCUUGUACUGUUGGCCCAGGAGAAGCAGUUAGCAAAUGUUCUCAGCAUGAGAGCAGGUUGCUACAGUCCACAGACUCAUUUCUGGAAUCUGCUUUUUUGUGACAAUCUCUGAUGAAUGUAAGUUCCAUUGUUGGUGUGGGAAGCAAUUGUUUCUUUUACAUGUGAAGUUGUUCUUUGAUGUGACUAAAAAGUAGAAUAAAUGUAAGAAACAAUA